UGUAUAUUGAUAGUAUAUGGGUGGUGAAGGGGUAGAGCAGAGGAACGUAAAGAUUUAAAAACAUGAGGCCAAUUACAGUACGCUUGUGACAUCGUUAAGUAAAUGAUUUCUUGAAAGCAACAAGGCCUGAAAUGGUUAGAUACUAACGUCGACUCUUAGUUAUUAAAUUUCUUAAUUAAAUCGAACACACACCAACGUAGUAUGUGUCGUAUAUAUGUGUAGUCCACGAUACUGUCUUCGUAUCGUAAUUUACAUUCUCAAUGUUGGCUACACUUAUAUAUCUCUACAUGUUAAAUGGUUUGACAUACGAAAUGUCAUUGACUGGUAUUUUCAUAAAAACAAAACCGAUUUUCGCGGAGUGAUUUUUCCAAAAUUAAUUUCAACUUAAAUUACAUUCCCAUCACAAAUGUCACUUCGGAACGGACAUGCCAGAUGGGCAUUCGAUCUAUCAACUUGGCGUCCGUCAUUAAACGAAUUACUGCUGGCAACAUCAUGCAUCCAAACCGAAGAGAAAACACGUCUCGCAAAAUUUAUGUUUCGCGAAGACUUUGACGGUUCAAUCAUCGGCCGUUUGUUAAUGCGAAAAUUCGUUCGAGACACAAUCAACAUUCCGUACGAAGAAAUUCGAUUCGACAGAGAUGCCCGAGGUAAACCGCUUUUAGCGCCGUCACAACAUCAUCCGUCGUCGCAUUAUGUUGAUUUUAAUGUGUCACACCAAGGGUCGUAUGCUGUAUUGGCCGGAUGUUGUUUAUCAUCGGAUCAUCGUAAAUCACAGGAAUUGUCAACAACAAUAGGGGUUGAUGUGAUGAAAAUUGAAUACACGGGUGGUAAGCCGUUGAGUGAAUUCUUCCGCAUAAUGCACCGUAAUUUUACAGCCAGCGAAUGGAAAUGUAUUCGAAACAAUUCAGACGAACUGGGUCAGACAAAAGCAUUUAUGCGGCACUGGUGCUUGAAAGAGAGCUACGUGAAAAAUGUUGGUGUUGGCAUCAGCAUGGAUUUACAGAAAAUUGAUUUUACGCUCAAUACCAAGACAUUGUCGUCAAAUCAAGUGGUAACGGAUACCACGGUUAAAGUCAACGGUGAUUUAUUGGAAAAUUGGAUCUUUGAAGAAUCUCUAAUCGACAACGAGCACAGUGUAGCUGUCGCUAUUGAAAACCAUAAUGACUCAAAGGAUUCGCAUACUUUCCAGUUGGUUACGUUCGACGACUUGACCAGAGAUUCAGUGCCUUUAUUAGACAAUGAUCGUCAAUAUUGUUUAGAUGUAUUGAACAAACCGUACAAGAAUUCAUGAAACAUGAAGUGUUGUUCACCUCCCCUACCUAUGCAAUACAAUCAAAAUGAACGAAUAAAAUUUACCCUUCCGGUUGUUCGUAAAGUUUAGUGAUUUUUAUUCCGAAAACAA